UUCUAGACAAACUGGACUACCAUCUUGACCUCAGUGGAGACAGUCUGGAUCCUUACCCUUGCUGUGCUGUGGCCUAUGUGGUCACUCAGUCAAAGGAAAGGAAAAUAAGGCUGAACCUCGAGGACGUGAUCAUAUCAGAACAAGGAAUGAGACAGCUAUUCGGAUGCCUUGAAAAUGUUGAGUGGUAUAACCUUCUGCCUCAGCAGCUUUGGAAAGCUUUCCUUCUCAGCGAAGAGCAGAUGGACUUCGUAACCUUACUCAGUCUUGAUGGAAAUCAUUUACACCUUCCAACUCAAGGUGAAAAGCAGCUGUUUGAAAGAGCUGUGGAAGUCAUGCAGUGGAUGUCUACAAAGGUUAAUGUCUGCCUCUACUGGGACAGAGAAACUCCUGCCUGCCAGAGUCUGUGUGAGUCUCUGUUAGAGGCUUUGCCAUUCAUCAGCUCACUCAGCUUCAGAUGUCCAGUUUUUUGGAGCCAGGAGAAAUACCAUGGGACACUGGAGAAGGAGCAGGAGAAUCUGUUCAUGGAUUUGUGCCUGAAAGCAGCACUUAAUAAUGGAGCAAAAUUUUACAACGUUGCGAAGAAGCUUCUUUCAUUGUUUCUUGUUAAAACUGAGUUAGAAAACAUCCUUCUUGAUUUAUAUCAACAUAUUAAAAGCAGAGGAUUUUCAGUUAACUUUGAAACACUGAGGCCGUGUUUUCAGUCAGCUCCUGCAGUCUGGUCCAUAAACCUCUCAGAGAGAAAGACCUCCAUCCUCCUGGAAGUGCUGAAACUCCAACCAGAGAAGAAACAAGUGAAGCUGACAGGCUGCUCACAUGAAGAGAGUGAAGUGAGGAGUUUACUCCAGUGUCUGCCUUAUAUCUCACAGCUCAGUGUUAUUCCGUGGAAGUUAGAUGAAGAAAUCAGGUUCUUUGGGAGUGUGUUCUGUGCAGCAGCAGAGAGAGAGCAGCAGACAGGGGAGAAGAUACUGGAGCUGUUAUCAUCAGUGUGCACAUACAAAGGAUUUCCUGUCAAACAGAAAUUGUGUGAUUUUCUACUGGAUCUGUACUUUUAUGAGACCAAAACAGGAUCGAUUAUUCUUCAUUCAUUACAGUCAAUUUUCCAGUCAGCUCCUGCAGUCUGGUCCAUAAACCUCUCACAGAGAAAGACCUCCAUCCUCCUGGAAGUGCUGAAACUCCAAGCAGACAAGAAACAAGUGAAGCUGACAGGCUUCUCACAUGAAGAGAGUGAAGUGAGGAAUUUCCUUGAAUGUCUGCCUUAUAUCUCAAAACUCGGUGUUGUUCCUUGGUGGUCAGAUCUUUAUGAAGGAACCAAAAGAACCUUGAUUAAUCUGUUCUGUGCAGCAGCAGAGAGAGAACAGCAGACAGGAGAGAAGAUACUGGAGCUGUUAUCAUCAGUGUGCGCAUAUCAAACAUUCCCUUUUAAUGACAGAGACAUUUCUGAUGAAUAUCAGUGUGACUUCUUGUUGGAUCUGUACUCCCAUAUGAAGGCCUAUGAGUCUAAACCAGGCUUGAGUGUCCUUCCAUCAUUACAGUCAGUUUUCCAGUCAGCUCCUGCAGUCUGGUCCAUAAACCUCUCAGAGAGAAAGACCUCCAUCCUCCUGGAAGUGCUGAAACUCCAUCCAGAGAAGAAGCAAGUGGAGCUGAGAGGCUGCUCACAUGAAGAGAGUGAAGUGAAGAGUUUCCUUGAGUGUCUGCCUUAUAUCUCACAGCUCAGUUUUUUUACUUUAUGGGCAGAUGAAGGAGGAAGGUUUUUUGGGAAUCUGUUCUGUGCAGCAGCAGAGAGAGACGAGCAGGCAGGAGAGAAGAUACUGGAGCUGUUAUCAUCAGUGUGCACAUAUCAAACAUUCCCUGUUAAUGACACAUAUACAGAUCUUCAAUAUCAGUGUGAUUUCCUGCUGGAUCUGUACUCUCAUGUGAAGGACUAUGAGAUUAAAACAGGCUUGAGUGUCCUUCCAUCAUUACAGUCAAUUUUCCAGUCAGCUCCUGCAGUCUGGUUCAUAAACCUCUCAAUAAGAAAGACCUCCAUCCUCCUGGAAGUGCUGAAACUCCAACUAGAGAAGAAACAAGUUAAACUGACAGGCUGCUCACACGAAGAGAGUGAAGUGAGGAGUUUCCUUGAAUGUCUGCCUUACAUCUCACAGCUCAGUGUUGCUUCUCGGAGGCGAGAUGAAGAAAUUACAACCUUUGUGAAUCUGUUCUGUGCAGCAGCAGAGAGAGAACAGCAGACAGGAGAGAAGAUACUGGAGCAGUUAUCAUCAGUGUGCAGAUAUGAACGAUUGCCCCUUAAAGAGAAAUGGUGUGAUUUCCUGAUGGAUCUGUGCUCUUAUGAGAUUAAAACAGGCUUGAGUGUCCUUCCAUCAUUACAGUCAGUUUUCCAGUCAGCUCCUGCAGUCUGGUUCAUAAACCUCUCAGAGAGAAAGACCUCC